CUUCUUCCAGCUGAAAGAAGUAUAUGCACUGACACAACCUCAGGAAACCCCAAGAUGGCUGCCAAGCGCAAAGGUGGCCUGAAAUUAAAUGCAAUUUGUGCCAAGCUCAGCCGUCAGGUAGUCGUUGAGCACAAAGCACCGGAGCAGGGACAUGUCGACAAAGCUCCCCUUGGGUGGGAAAGCGCUGGCGGCGAGACGGCCGCCCCCAAGGACGUCGCUCAGGCUGUGGCCAAGGAGCCGGGCCCAAAAUUUUCGGAGGGGACAAAGAUCGAAGAGGACAAGCGGAGGGAAGUGAUCGAGAAGUGGGUCAACGGCGAGUACAGCGAAGACCCCUUGCUGGGGCGCAUCGAGAGCAAGGAACCCAAGGCCCCCGAGGGGACGGAGGUGCCCCCCGAGGGGGUCUACAUGGUGCAGCCAAAAGGUUGCAGCGAUGAUGAGGAUAACGGGGACGAAGCUGAGCAGCCCGCCAAGGACUCCCAAGAUGGCAGCUUCGUGGACGACCGAGAUUCCGACGGGCCUCCCCUGAAGGACGAAAGCUUUCGGGCCUCCAACAGUGAAGCCAGCUCCAAGCUCAGCGGAGGAGCUUCUACAGGGGAGGCGUCUUCAUUGCGAGACUAUGCGGCUACCACCAUGACCGAGUUCCUGGGCAUGUUCGGCUACGAUGACCAGAACAUGCGGGAUGAGCUGGCACGGAAGAUUAGCUUUGAGAAACUGAAUGCUCCUACCUCAGAGACCAACCCAGCCGCCGUCGCCGGCGAGGAUGCCAUGAGCAAGCGAGCCCGUUUUUCCAAGUACGAAGAGUACAUCCGCAAGUUGAAGGCCGGGGAGCAGGUGCCGUGGCCCAUUCAUCCCGCCAAGGCCGAGGAGCUGAGCAGCAAACUCAACAAAGAGGGGCCCCUGAGUUUGGGGCCACCCAUCCGGUUGCCGGCCCCCGAACCGUCGCUCCUGCCCGAGACGAAGGCCACCAUCCUGCCGCUGCCUUCGUCCAGUGGCUCCCCCAUGCAAGGGCUGAUGUCGCGGGCUUCCAAGUACGAUUUCUUCAUCCAGAAACUCAAGACCGGGGAGACGCUCCGGCCGCAGAAUGGCAACACCUACAAGAAGACGUCCAAGUACGACUUGGAGAACGUCAAAUAUUUGCAUCUCUUCAAGCCCGGAGAAGGCAGCCCGGACAUGGGAGGAGCCAUCGCCUUCAAGACGGGCAAAGUGGGUCGCCCGUCGAAAUACGAUGUCCGGAACGUCCAGAAGAUUACCCCGGUGAAAGCGCCAGCCCCUAGCCUGGGUCCCAACCCUCUUGCCAGCACUCCCAGCAGCACCCCGGUAGCUGGCCCGGAACAACCUGUCUCUCUGCCCUUCAGCACUCCAGAGUACCUUAAAUCCACUUUCUCCAAGACAGAUUCCAUCACCACUGGAACAGUUUCCACCGUGAAGAAUGGAUUAACCACUGACAAACCAGCUGUCACCGAAGAUGUAAAUAUUUACCAGAAAUAUAUUGCCAGGUUUUCCGGCAGCCAGCACUGCGGGCACAUCCACUGCGCAUACCAGUAUCGGGAGCAUUACCACUGCCUUGAUCCAGAGUGCAACUACCAGAGGUUCACCAGUAAGCAGGAUGUCAUCCGGCAUUACAACAUGCACAAGAAGCGGGACAACUCCUUGCAGCACGGCUUCAUGCGGUUCAGCCCCCUGGACGACUGCAGCGUCUACUAUCACGGUUGCCACCUCAAUGGGAAAAGCACACAUUACCACUGCAUGCAGGUAAAUGGCCAGCCAGCCUGGGACGGCCAAGGAUCAGGGCCAACAACGGGGAACACCAUCACCAUGCCAACGGCUGCGGGGGCCAAGAAGCGCUUCUGGAUCAUUGAGGACAUGUCCCCCUUUGGCAAGCGCCGCAAGACCCCCUCCUCCCGCAAGAUGCUGGACGAGGGGAUGAUGCUGGAGGGCUUUCGGCGCUACGACCUGUACGAGGACUGCAAAGACGCCAACUGCCAGUUCUCCCUCAAGGUCACGCACUACCACUGCACCCGGGAGAACUGCGGGUACAAAUUCUGCGGGCGCACCCACAUGUACAAGCACGCCCAGCAUCACGACCGGGUGGACAACCUGGUGCUGGACGACUUCAAGCGCUUCAAGUCCUCCCUCAGCUGCCACUUCCCCGACUGCCAGUUCUCCGGCAACAGCACGCACUUCCACUGCCUGCGCUGCGGCUUCCGCUGCACCGACAGCACCAAAGUGACGGCCCACCGCAAGCACCACGGCAAGCAGGACGUGAUCAGCGCCGCCGGCUUCUGCCAGUUCAGCUCCAGCGUGGACUGCGAAGUGCCCGAGUGCAAAUACAAACUCAAGUGCUCGCACUUCCACUGCACCUACCCCGGGUGCAAGCACACCGUGGUGGGCAUGUCGCAGAUGGACUCGCACAAGCGCAAGCACGAGAAGCAGGAGAGGGGGGAGCUGCCGGCCAUCUCUCCGGGGCCCGAGGGUCUCUCCGCCACCCCCAUGGAGUACGAGGCCCAGAGCGCUUCUGUCAACCUGGACAGCUCCCUCAACCUGAGCACAGACGCCAAGAGCUCCCUCUUCUUCCUGCAGAACGCAGCAGGCGUGGGGCUCAACGACUCCAUGGACCUCAGCCAGAAGCCCCUCGGGGACACAGGCGGCCUCCCUUCCGUCCCGGCAGAGAGCCAGGCCCCUGCCGCCAGCAAGCUCUUCCUGGCCAGCUGCGGCAACGUGGAAGAAGAGGAUGACUCUUCCCACGAUGACGAGGAUGAAGAGGAGGAAAUGAACGAGGAGGAGGACGAGGACGAGGAGGAUGAGGAUGAGGAGGACGACGAAGAGGAGGAGGAGGACGAGGAGGAAGAGGAUCUGAACACCGAUUCGGAAGAGUCGCUCCCUGACGCGGAGGGCCCGCCUGCAAAAGACAUUAGUGAACUGCAGGAGGCCGUUUCCUCCACUGCGGAUCCCAGUGACACUUCCAUGCCUUCCGGCGAGCCAGCCUCAGCUCCUUAAGGAGCAGCCACACAGCAGCGGGUGGGCCUGGGGGUUUGGCCUUGGCGAGCGGAGAAAGCAAAAAAACAAAACACACAAAACAAAACUGCAUGAACAGGAAACCUUGCUGUGUUGAGGGGAGAGGCAAGAACGAAUGCUAGAAUGGCCAGCAAGCAGCAAAGCGGACUCUAUCCCAGAAGGUGCGCGAGAGGCGGAGGGAAGCACUGAUAUCUCGGACCACACACGACACGGAGACACGGCGGAGCCGGAGAGGCGGAAGCAGCAGCAGCAGCAGCAGCAGGAGCAACAUCCUGGCGAUAGGGUGGGCUGGGGUGGGGGCAGCAGGAGGACCCAUCUGUUGGGGUGCACAUGUUUACAGGGGGGGGCAGCAGGAGGAGCACGGUGGUCCCGUGAUGCAGGCGGACUGACCCUCCCGCUCCUGGAUGGAUGUGCUCCCCGUGGCAGGAAGCGGCCUGCCCCUUCCGAGCCCACUUCUCGAGGCGGGAAGGCGGGAGGGGUUUUGUAUUUUAACCCUUCGACUCCCGUGUGUGUUCAUUUGUCCUCUAAUACUCCUCCCAUUCUCAGGGAGACGGGGGAGGGUGGGGGCAGGCAGCUAGCAUCUGGCGGGGGAUACGAGGAGGGACGAGAGCGUUAAGUCAUACAAAAUAUAGAUAUAUCUAUAUAUCUAUAGAUGUAGAUAUAGAUAUAUAUAUAGCGGCAAAGCCGGAUUAGGUUCUGCUAAGCUGCAAAGCCGAGUCCUUUUUGCCACCGGGGGUUGGGGUAGGGACUUGGGGGACGGGGCGGGUUCCGGUAUCACUUAUAUUCCUAUUCCUUUCUCCCCCUUUUUCUCCGGAGCAUCACAGGAACAGGAGAAAUGGGAGUCUCAGGCAGCUGGGAAUGCUUUGGAACGGGGGUAUUUAUUAUCAGUUUGUUUGUUUGUUUUUGGAAAGAAAAGCAAAAAAAAAAACACAAAAAAAACCCAAGAGGUGGUGGGGGAAAAACACGAGACGCAUCGAUCCAGGCUGGGAAUGAAAUAUCAGUCGUAAUAAUAAUGAGGAUGAUAAUAAUAAGAAGUUACUAAUUUAGAAAAAUUAGGAGAAGGAGAAACUGCUUUAUAAUGUCAAGCCUCUCCCUGAAGCUGGAGGUCUCCUUCUGGUGGAGCUCUGGCUUUUUUUUUUAGGGGAGGGGGAGGUCAUUGAAGGAAAGGAGGAGCCGCUCUUAAAUGGCCCAGCCUCCGGUAGGUGGGGAGAAAGCAGAGCCAAAGGGCUGAGUCUGGAACUCCAGCCUGCAGACAGGGAGAAGAGCUAAACCACAGGCUCCCCCAGUGACUUGAAGGGCUUUCAAGCACCAGGACCCUUGGCUCCAUUGCAGGAGACCCCAGCCCGUUUCGGCGUCUUCCCCUGAAGGCCUCAGCCAUGGCAGGGCGACCUCUGGCUUGCACUUCUGGACCCGUCUGGGUCUAGCACUUAAAGUCUUCCCAGUCCAGAAUUGGGAAGACCAAGCGUUCCAUGCCCCCACCCCCCUCAGCCUGCUCUCGAAACACCAGAGGGAGGGGAAGAAAGUCCCGGCCGAGGAGUCCUGCUCAAGGCUCCCAGAAGGAAACAGAUCCUGGCUUUGAUUCGGGUGCAAAUUGAAAGACCUUGGAGGCAGGAGUGGGAUUCUGCCGGUUCAACCUGGUUCGAGCGAUCCGGUUCUCUCCGAAGAUCAGCUAGCAGUGAACGGGUUCGUUCAGAAGAUCCUGUGGGCCCCUGCACUGUACUCACCUUUUAUCUCGUCUCAGCUGAUCAGCCGAAGCGCACGGCCCACCGAAACCGGUUGUUAUACCGGCAGCAUCCCACUCUUGCCUGGAGGUCUUUCUCUUCCAAUACUUGACAGCUGAAGGGUUUUGCGUCAGCGAUGGCCCUGCGCUUCCCGUGUCUUGUGUGGUUGGGCUG